UUUACGAAACGCAACCGAAAGCGGAACGUCAAAAACGUUGGAAAACCGUGCUCGUGGUGUGCCGAUUGGCCGGUUGUUAUUUAAUCAUUGUUUAUUUGAGAUCUAAAUACAUUUGCCCCUAGUUUGAACGAAUAACUACCCAAAAUGCGGCUUACGAACACUCUUUUGCGGCAGCACAUAGGGUUUCACUUCAAGAAGCACUGGCUGCAGCAGGGCAAACGUGUUCCGAACAGCACUGGCGCCGAGGAAGAACUAGCAGCCCGUGGUGUCGUCGUAGUUGAUCCUGCGGAAGUUUUAAAAGAACGACGUCCGCGAGAAGAGUUCCAUAUCCCCGGCAUGGUACCACCACCAGUACCCUUUAAUGAAACGCAUCCCCUGUGGCAGUCGGAACCAGCGUAUGUGUAUGGUGACACGAAUGUGCUGCUGGAAGGCGUGCGUCAGGCACAGAGUCUACUGAACACGGUUGUGUUUGAUGAUUUGCCUUUAAAAUUGGAGGAAAAGCUAGAGCAAACGAAAAUAGCAACCCAGCUCGAUCGAUCGAUGCAGCAAGCCGUACUGUCGGCACUGGUUUUCGACACGGAGCAGGUGAAAACUGCCCUCGUAAAGGUCCCGGAUCGUCCAGCCUACAAGCUACCGCGCAUGUAUGGCAUAUCCGAGGGCCGGAGGAACCAACUGAUACUAUCGAAGCUGGUUACACACUGUGAACGUUUCACUGGCCGAUCUGUAAAUGCGAAUCGCAAAGUAGUUUACAAUGCUCGAUUUUUAGUUCCCGUGGUAAAAGAAAAUGAGCGAGUACUGUUGGACACGAAAGCGGAAUCGAUGAUAAUAUCGCACGAACCAUUGAAACCGCUGGAUACAUCCAUUUAUCGGCCAAUGGAUCUUGAGUUACCCAAUCUGUUUCCUCUAAAGGAAACGGUUUCCAUACCGGUGCAGAACAUCUACGACUGGAGGAACGAUUAUCCUAUCAGUCGUAAUUACAAGCUUUCCCAUCCACACACCAUUCUCAUACACUGUUCACCGGGCGAUGUAAAGAAUGCCACAGAACUACCAGUGUCGCGUGAUCAAGUCGAAGGACGAACGAUGAUGAAAGCGUUCGCUGUUGCUGCUGCCCGGGCCCGCCAAUUGUACGGUGAGGACGUAAAAGCGCUACCGAAUCCAAUCACGGUGCAGGCGGUGCAAACCGACAGCAAGACGUUCCACUUUAGCGUGUACCAGUUGAACACGCUGGAUCUAAACUCGUCCACGGAUCGUAACAUGUGGUUCCGCAAGGCGCCGUUCGAUCUGUACUCGCAGUGCGAUUAUAUCGUCGGUAAGCCAACGCUGGAUGACUACAACAAGGAUGUGUUGCGACAUUUCGCGUUAUUUUACUCUAAUUAGUAGAGAUGCGGCUAAUAAAUAUAUAGCAUUAAAGUAAAUAA